GUUAGUAUAUUAUAUUAGUUGAGCUGCAUGUAUUCUAAGUCCAAUGGCUACUUUAAAGAUGAAACGAGUGUCAACUACUCCUCAUGUACUAAUAUUUCCGGCACCGGGUCAAGGCCAUGUGAACCCCAUGCUGAAGCUAGCGGAGCUUUUAGGACUCGCCGGUCUUCAGAUUACCUUUCUAAUCUACCAGCAAAUCCACGACGAUCUAACUCGCUAUUCCGAUAUCAAAAUUCGUUUCAGCAAAUACUCAAAAUUCCAAUUCAAAACUUUUCCAAAUUUUCUACCGGAAGAUCGCCAUGGUCGCCGGCGAUUCAUACAUGUAGCGGAGGAAGUGAGAAACUUUAUAGAGCAAAUGAAUCUGAGAAGCAAGCCAGUUUUUGAGAAGAUGAUGAUUGAUCACCAGCACAGUAGUGAUAAUCCGCCGUUUACAUGUGUAAUUGGCGAUUCAUUAAUGGGAUUUGUACAAGAUGUCGCCGGCGAUCUUGGAAUUCCGGUGAUUCAAUUUAACACCGCUAGUUCUUGCUUUUUCUGGGCACUUUUUUCUCUACCUCGAGUUCUUUCAGCCGGUGAACUUCCUAUUACAGGGAAAAAAGACAUGGACCGCCUAAUAACACAAGUUCCAGGAAUGGAAACCUUUCUCCGGUGCCAAGAUCUUCCCGGUCCAUUCCGAGUCAGUGACACAUCCGAUCCGACACUUCAAACAUUCUUAGGGGAGCUAAGAACACCACAAACCCUAAUCAUAAACACAUUUGAAGAUUUAGAAGCACCAAUACUAUCUCAAAUACGAACCCGUUGUCCCAAAACAUACCCCAUUGGUCCUCUUCACGAGCUCCUCAAAGAUAAACUUAAAAAAACUCACGGAUCUAGUUCAUCCGCUAACGAUCUUUGUGAAGUGGAUAUAACCUGUAUGAAAUGGCUCGACGAUCAACCUAGUCAAUCCGUACUCUACGUAAGUUUCGGAAGCUUUACGAGAAUAACAAUGGAUCAGUUCAUCGAGUUUCGGCAUGGUAUAAUUAAAAGUAAUACAAGAUUUCUCUGGGUUAUAAGACCUGGCUCUGUUACUAGUACAAACGACAAUCCUGAACAAUAUUAUUCUGAAGAGCUUUUUCAAGAGGGUAAAAAUGGAAAUGGAUAUAUUGUCAAAUGGGCCCCACAAGAAAAGGUUUUAGGGCAUAAAGCAAUUGGUGGAUUUUUAACCCAUAGUGGAUGGAAUUCAACUUUGGAGAGUAUAGUAAGUGGUGUGCCUAUGAUUUGUUGGCCUUAUUUUGGUGAUCAACAAAUUAAUAGUAGGUUUGUGGGUGAAAUUUGGAAGAUUGGAUUGGAUAUGAAGGAUUUAUGUGAUAGAGAGAUUGUGGAAAAAAUGGUCAAUGAUUUAAUGGUGAAUAGGAGGGAAGAAUUUGUGAGAUCAUCGGCUAUAAUGGCAGAAUUGGCAAGAAAAAGUGUUGAAGAAGGCGGUUCUUCUUCUAGUUAUUUGGACAGAUUGAUUGAGGAUAUAAGGAUGAUGAGCAUAGAAUAGAUAAAAUAUUUAUAGAAAUAAUUGUUGCCAUAAAUGUCUCCAAGAUAUAUAAGGAGAAAUUGUUUAAAUUAUGGGCAAAUAUUGAUAGUAGUGCCUUUCUAAAAAUAAUACUGUUGAUACUCCGAAUGAGCUCAAUGCUUGGUGGUUUGUUUUUGAUGGGUCUGCUUUGCCAAAUUCGAGUCCUUAUAAAAUGGUUGUUAGAAGUUUGGUUUUUUUUAUUAUCACUCGUCCUGAUAUUGCAUAUGAUGUUCAAAUAAUCAAACAAUUUGUUACUUCUCCUACUAUAGUUCAUUGGGCUGAUGUUAUUCGUAUCU